AUGUCCAACAGCAGCUCCAUGUCCCAGUUCCUCCUCCUGGCAUUGGCAGACAGGCGGGAGCUGCAGCUCCUGCACUUCUGGCUCUUCCUGGCCAUCUCCCUGGCUGCCCUCCUGGCCAACGGCCUCAUCCUCAGCACCGUAGCCUGUGACCACCACCUGCACACCCCCAUGGGCUUCUUCCUGCUCAACCUCUCCCUCACAGACCUGGGCUGCAUCUGCACCACUGUCCCCAAAGCCAUGCACAACUCCCUCCAUAACACCACAACCAUCUCCUACACAGGAUGUGCUGCACAGCUCUUUUUCUUUCUGUUCUUCAUCUCAUCAGAGUAUUUCCUCCUCACCAUCAUGUGCUACGACCGCUACGUUGCCAUCUGCAAACCCCUGCACUACGGGACCCUCCUGGGCAGCAGAGCUUGUGCCCACAUGGCAGCAGCUGCCUGGGCCACUGGGUUCCUCAAUGCUCUGCUGCACACAGCCAAUACAUUUUCCCUGCCCCUGUGCCAGGGCAAUGCCCUGGACCAGUUCUUCUGUGAAAUCCCACACAUCCUCAAGCUCUCCUGCUCACACUCAGGCUACCUCAGGGAAAUUGGGCUCAUUGGGGUUAGUGCCUGUUUAGUGUUCGGUUGUUUCAUUUUCAUUGUUUUCUCCUAUGUGCAGAUCUUCAGGGCUGUGCUGAGGAUCCCCUCUCAGCAGGGACGGCACAAAGCCUUUUCCACGUGCCUCCCUCACCUGGCCGUGGUCUCCCUCUUUGUCAGUACUGUCAUGUUAUCCCACCUGAAGCCCCCCUCCAUCUCCUCCCCAUCCCUGGAUCUGGCCCUCACAGUUCUGUACUCGGUGGUGCCUCCAGCACUGAACCCCUUCAUCUACAGCCUCAGGAAUCAGGAACUCAAGGACGCACUGAGAAAAAGGAUGACUGGAUGCUUUUCAGGAGCAAUCAAGUGCCUGUUUUCUGGUGUGUAG